GCGUAAUCGUAUUGAAGGCCGAAAUGGCAGGGAGAAUCACUAAAUUCGUGGGAAAGAAGACAAGUGGCGGGACAAAUAAUACUGAUGCAUACAUAUGUAUAUACAAAAAAGCUUCCAUCCGCAGCCCGUUGUCGUCACCAACGCUCUUUUAUCACGGGAAAGCCGGGAGAACAACGUCGUCAUCAUCAAUGCCGCUCUCUCCCUUCUCCCUCCGUCCAUACCCUUUUGCUGAUCAGAUUUGUAUUUAAUACCAAUAUCACCUCCUCAUCCUUCAACCCCAAAGAGGAUCAUUCAUUCAUUCAUCAACCAAUAGAGGUUCGGAGAAAUAAGAAACAUCAAAAUCUGCUUUGUUUGUUGAUAAUUCUCCGAGGAUUUUGCAUCAAAUUCUGAGUGGGUCGUUGUGAGGCGCCUUCGUUCCAGGUGGCAGGCAUCGUUCUUUCCCCGAUUUACAGAGGCGUUCAUAGGGCUUGAAGAAUCAUGGAUAAGAAGAAGUAUCCGAUUGGAGCGGAGCAUUAUGAGCUAUUCGAGGAGAUAGGGCAAGGAGUUAGCGCCUCCGUUCAUCGUGCUCUCUGUAUUCCACUCGAUGAGAUCGUCGCUGUCAAAAUCCUUGACUUUGAACGUGAUAACUGUGAUCUGAGUAACGUCUUCCGUGAAGCACAGACAAUGGUCUUGGUGGACCAUCCAAACGUUCUUAAAUCCCACUGCUCCUUUGUCAGUGAUCAUAAUUUGUGGGUUGUCAUGCCUUUCAUGGCUGGGGGUUCUUGUCUUCAUAUUUUGAAGGCUGUACAUCCCGAUGGUUUUGAAGAGGUUGUCAUUGCAACAAUAUUGCGUGAAAUACUAAAGGGUUUAGAGUAUCUGCAUCACCAUGGACACAUUCACAGAGAUGUGAAAGCUGGAAACAUUCUUAUUGAUGCGCGAGGUGGAAUUAAACUAGGAGAUUUUGGAGUCUCUGCUUGUCUGUUUGAUUCAGGUGACAGAACACGCAUGAGAAACACUUUUGUUGGCACACCUUGUUGGAUGGCACCAGAAGUUAUGGAACAGUUAAAUGGAUAUGAUUUCAAAGCAGAUAUUUGGUCUUUUGGCAUAACUGCGUUGGAGCUUGCUCACGGCCAUGCACCAUUUUCAAAGUAUCCUCCAAUGAAGGUGCUGUUGAUGACACUGCAAAAUGCACCUCCUGGCCUUGAUUACGAAAGAGACAAGAAGUUCUCCAAGUCGUUUAAGCAAAUGAUUGGUAGCUGCUUGGUAAAAGAGCCUUCAAAAAGACCUUCAGCCAAGAGGUUGUUGAAGCAUUCUUUCUUUAAACAAGCUCGGUCCAAUGAUUAUAUCGUACGGACAUUAUUGGAGGGUUUGCCAGCUCUUGGUGAUCGUAUUAGGGAGUUGAAGAAAAAAGAAGAACAAAUGUUGGCGAAAAAGGAAAUACCAGAUGGUCAAAAGGAAGAAAUAUCACAGAAUGAGUAUAAGCGCGGGAUAAGCAGCUGGAACUUCAACCUUGAAGAUCUAAAGGCCCAGGCUUCUUUGCUACCAGACGAGGAAAUUAUAUCUGACAAGGACCAGGUUGGGAGCUCACAGUGUCUUCUAGGACUAGAGAUUAAUGGAAAGCAACUUCAACACCAAUCUUCUUUUCUCAGCCGAUGUUCAGACACUGCAGAAAUGGAUGAUAACAACCAAUCUGCUCCUCUCUCACCUGUUGACCCUACAUUAGCUUGCAACAUAGAAAAAUGUGAAAAAUCAGAUGAUGAUUCAAGUCUUGCUGGUUCAGUCCUGGACAACCAAAUCUCUAAAAAUUCUCCUCGUGAGAACCACAUAGAAAGAAAUUUACCUGGCAAAUCUGAACUCGAUUUUGAUGGAAAAUUGUCUGAGAGCUCACCUACAGAUUCUCACCAGAGUGACAAAGUUUCACCUCAUAACAACUCAACUUGCAAUGAUGGACCAGCUGAAGCUGUUCAUAGAACUAGUAAAAUAUCGACAAAUGGUGAAGAUUCUGAUGAGAAGACAAAGGGCCCUGUUGUUCAGCAAAAAGGACGUUUCAAAGUUACCUCUGAGAAUUUUGAUUUGGAAAAGGUUGCUGCCCCCUCAGUAAUACAAAAAAGCCACAGCGUGCAGACUCUUGCACAUUCAUCUGUGUCUCAUUCGUUGCCAUCAGAUUGCAUGGCGUCAAACAUUCCUGUCAAUUUGUUUUUCCGAACAUUGCAAAAUAUUUUGCAAGCAAAUAUUUUGCAAAGGGAAAACAUCCUUGGCCUGAUGAGGCAAGCCUCUAGUUCUGAUUCUAUUGUGGACGGUGCAGGCGUUUCCUUGAACCAAGGGACAACAGAUAAAUCUUUGCUGGAGGUAGCCCAUGAUAAAGAGAAGGAAUUACUUCGCGAAAUCAGUGACUUACAGUGGAGGCUCAUAUGCGCGCAGGAGGAGCUUCAAAGGUACAAAACAGAGAAUGCUCAGAUCAACUCCUGAAUUAGAUGGAAAACAGUUUGCUGUAAUGCAUGUGUGUUUUUGCAAGAAAUGCAUACAGAAAAUCAAUACACCAGUUGAGUAUUAAAACGGAAUUAGAGAAUGAUGAAGUAGAUGGCUGUACCAUUAUUUAUCGUGACUAUUUUUAUAUGUAUUUUUGUGUACAGUUAGUUUGUACAAUUGCUAAUAGGUGAAUGAUGAGAUGCUUUUUAUUAUAAUCUCUACCAGUUUCUGCAUAUUCACCAUAUUUCUUCAGCUUUUCUUGUAUAUCCGUUUUACUCAUAAUGCCUAUCUAAAAAAGAGUUACUAGUGGC